AUGAUUGACGUAGAGCAUAUGCCAGUCACUUCACCAAGAAUUAUGGCGGCGGAUCCUUCUCGAAAGAUUCGGAAGACUCUUGAGAAGGACACAAAAGAAGUAGUAAUUGAAGGGACGGAUGGUAUUAGAGAUUAUUACUGCAGUAAAAUUGAUGAGCUCCAAUUUGUUGUUACUGAAAAGAUGCAAAAUCUCAGGAGAUUGGGUGCUCAGCGGAACGAGUUGAACGCUAAAGUUCGACUUCUGCGCGAAGAACUUCAGCUUCUUCAAGAACAAGGUUCCUACGUUGGUGAAGUUAUCAAACCAAUGGAUAAGAAGAAGGUCUUAGUUAAGGUUCAGCCUGAGGGGAAAUUUGUCGUUGAUAUUGACAAAAAUAUUGACAUUAGUUCAGUUACGCCAAAUUGCCGUGUAGCUCUUAGGAACGACAGUUAUACUUUACAUAAGAUUCUUCCCAGCAAAGUCGAUCCUUUGGUUUCUCUAAUGAUGGUUGAGAAGGUGCCUGAUUCAACUUACGAAAUGAUUGGUGGCUUGGACAAGCAAAUAAAAGAGAUCAAAGAAGUCAUUGAGCUUCCUGUUAAACACCCGGAGUUGUUUGAGGCGCUUGGAAUUGCGCAGCCUAAAGGGGUAUUGCUGUAUGGCCCUCCAGGUACCGGGAAAACCCUUUUAGCUCGAGCAGUUGCCCAUCACACCGAGUGCACUUUCAUUCGUGUGAGUGGCUCGGAACUUGUUCAGAAGUUUAUAGGAGAAGGCGCUAGGAUGGUGCGCGAACUCUUUGUCAUGGCUAGGGAACAUGCUCCAUCAAUUAUUUUUAUGGAUGAGGUUGAUUCCAUUGGAUCAACUCGCUUGGAAAGUGGCUCUGGUGGUGACAGUGAGGUUCAGAGGACUAUGCUUGAGUUGUUAAAUCAGCUCGAUGGCUUUGAACCAAAACAGAACAUCAAAGUUGUGAUGGCCACUAAUCGAAUCGAUAUCCUUGACUCUGCUCUUUUGCGCCCUGGUCGUAUUGAUCGCAAAAUUGAGUUUCCGGCACCUAGCGAAGAGGCUCGGUUAGACAUUCUGCGGAUCCAUUCCCGGAAGAUGAAUUUAACUAGAGGCAUUGAUCUUAGAAAAAUUGCUGAGUUGAUGCCUGGUGCCAGUGGUGCUGAGGUUAAAGGAGUUUGUACCGAAGCAGGAAUGUACGCUCUACGUGAACGUCGAGUUCACGUAACACUUGAGGAUUUUGAGAUGGCAGUAGCAAAGGUAAUGCAGAAGGACUCAGACAAAAACGUUUCAAUCAAAAAGCUCUGGAAGUAA